AUGUCGGCGGCCAAGCUGAGCAGCCGUGUCCUGGAUGUUGGUGCGGAUGCGAGGGCGAGACGAGCAAGAGUGCCACCAGCAACGAGAGGUGGUGGAGUGCGCGCGCAAAGGUCGCCGACGGGAGGAACAAAGCAGCGACGACGUGAUGAGGUGACGAGAAGAAAGGUGGCUCAAGCGGCGCGCAGGUCAAGACAGGCCACGGGGGCCCGCCACGCCAGCAGGGCCAAGGCAAAGGCACAACAGCUGGUUCGAGCGCAGCUUCGACCCCAAGCUCCACGUCUGCGCCCAAGCACCGCGUCUCGCACUCACCUGGCGGCCAGCCCCAGCCUGGAAUUGAUCGAUCUCGUGGGAUCUUCCUCCCGUGCGGAAGAAGGGAUUCGUGUGGAAUUUCGGUUUUGGAAUUUCGAGGCCACGGCAGCUCCCGGGUCUUUGGGCAGCGUCAGGCCGGUCGCGCUUCGAUCAGGGCGCUCUUUCAGGCAGCCCAGCGCAGUGUCGAGCCGGCUGGAGUGCGAAAUUGGGAAAUUUGGAUUUUUCUCAACAGCCCAGGGCAGAGAGAGAGGGCCGAUGGCAGCCUCCGGAAUGGGUGAGCUAAAGGCUCGUUCAUCGUCGCAUCACCACCAGCUCGCAGGCUCGGCUUGGCUGGGUUGGGCUGGGCUGGGCUGGGGCUCGUUCGCGCUUCUUCUCGAGAUGAUUGGAAAUCGCAGUCGGUUGCUGAUCCAAAGUGGAUUCACAUUUCGCUCCAUCCUCCUCCACUACCACCGUCACCACACCCUAUCCAUCGUCGUCGCCAUGUCCUUCCUCACUGGAGCCAUCCGCACCGCCGCCGUCAGCACCUCCGCCCGUGCUGCCCUCCUCGGCCGCACCGCCCCUGUUGCCCUCUCCCAGCAGGUCCGAGGCUACGCCGCGCACCACGAGGAGGAGUCGUUUGACGCCUUCAACUCGCGCUACGUCGGCUUCUUUGACGCGGUCGAGGACCUGUUUGAGCUGCAGCGCGGCCUGAACAACUGCUUUGCGUACGACCUGGUGCCCUCGCCCGAGGUGAUCGAGUCGGCACUGCGCGCCAGCCGCCGCGUCAACGACUACUCGACCGCCGUGCGCAUCUUCGAGGGUAUCAAGCAGAAGGUCGAGAACCAGAACCAAUACAAGCAGUACCUCGACGCACUCCAAGGCGUCCGCGAGGAACUCGGCAUCAAGCUCAAGGAGGAGAUGUACUCGGCAUAA